AUGGCUCAAGCCGCUAGUACCAAAGUAACCCAGCCGGAAUGGCAGGUCCCAAAACCUCUGGUCGAGGAGCCCGUUCUCAAAGUCUACAACUCGUUGACCCGCAAAAAGGCAAUCUGCUAUCUGACACAGGAUCCCUUUGUACCUCUCAAGGGACGUCAGGUCGACUGGUACAACUGUGGACCUACCGUCUAUGACUCGGCACAUAUGGGACAUGCUCGAAACUACCUCACUCAGGAUAUCAUUAGGAGGAUCUUGAGAGAUUUCUUUGCCUACGACGUCAACUUUGUCCAGAACGUGACCGACUUGGACGACAAGAUCAUUGUCAGGGCAAGGGAACAGCAUCUUCUCAAAGCUUUCCGAGAUGCCAACCCUACCCUGUCGGAAACCUUGAAAGGCGACAUCAAGACCGCCUUUUCCGCCUACUUGAGCUCGAAACUCUUGAAAGUACUCAAAGAGACCGAUGCGCCUCAGCAGGGUGAGACCGAGCUUGCGACUCUGGAUAGGUUGUUCAAGAAGGAUCAGUCGGAUGCGGCGUGGGCGAAGGAGAUGAGGGAGAAGGAAGAAAAGUUUGGGUUGAUUUUGGGCAGCCUUCAAUCCGCCAAGGCGGGCAUCGAGACCGCAAAAGAUGCCAACGAGGCCAUCGAUAUGGCCAAAGAUGUUCUCUCAUGGUAUCUUGACAAAAAGGACGGACACACCGUCACCGAUCCUGCCAUUUUCCGUGCUUUGGCCGCUCAUUGGGAAGACUCUUUCAACUCGGACAUGCGCAAGCUUCGAAUUUUGCCACCCGACACGGUCACCCGAGUUUCGGAAUACGUUCCUGAAAUCGUCAGCUUCGUCGAGAAGAUCAUCGAAAACGGGUUCGCUUAUGUUCAGGAGGGAAACGUCUGGUUCGACGUCGAAGCUUUCGAGGGCGCCAAGAAUGGAAAGGGCAAGGAAAAGGAGGAGGACUUCGAGCACGUCUAUGCCAAGUUGGCACCGUGGAGCAAGGGCAACAGGGAAUUGUUGGAGGAGGGUGAAGGCUCGCUAACGACAGGUCGAACGAAACGUUCCUCGGCCGACUUCGCGCUUUGGAAGUCUUGCAAGCCUGGCGAGCCCACUUGGCCUUCGCCCUGGGGUCCCGGACGACCUGGGUGGCACAUCGAGUGCUCGGUGAUGGCUAGCGAAGUGCUCGGGCGACGGAUGGAUAUUCAUUCCGGUGGAGUGGAUUUGAUGUUCCCUCACCAUGACAACGAGAUUGCGCAAUCAGAGGCAUACCAUGACUGCCGCCAAUGGGUCAACUACUUCCUGCAUACCGGUCACUUGCACAUUCAAGGACUCAAAAUGAGCAAAUCGCUCAAAAACUUUAUCACAAUAGAGGAAGCACUACAAACCUGGAGCCCAAGACAACUUCGAUUGGCCUUCAUGAUGCAAACGUGGAGUUCGAAGAUGGACCUGACAGACGGCACGCGGACGGGAAUGGAAAAUAUCGAGGAGACCUUCAACAACUUUUUCCGGAAAGUGAAAGCCAAAGUCGCCGACUUUGAGAACACUCUAGCGCCAUCAGAUGGAUAUCAUUACCAUGAAGACCUUGAGAAGCGCUUGCUGGAAGACCUGCACAAGUCCCAGCACAGCCUACGAGUAGCCCUUUGCGACUCGUUCAACACACCAGAAGCGCUUAUCGUGCUCACAGAGCUGGUCAGCUCCGCGAACGUGUAUCUGCAAGCUCGGCCAAGGCCUCGUAAUAUCGAGCCCGUCAAAUCUGUGGCUCAGUGGAUCACCAGGAUGCUCAAGAUGUUUGGACUCGGUGAAGGUGCUGCGAUUCAUCAGGACGGUGCGAUCGGGUGGGGAGAAACGAUGAAGGCUGGACAGGAGGAGGAGACUACCGUUGACCGGGAAGCCAUCCUCAUGCCAUAUUUACGCACAUUGUCCACCUUCCGUGAUGAUCUCCGAAAGCUGGCCUUGGGAGGUGCUACCGGAAAAGACUUUUUGGAACUCUGCGACCGACUGAGAGAUAACGAAUUGGUUGAUCUCGGUGUCGCCUUGGAUGACCAAGAAGAUGGACAUGCUCUAGUCAAACUCGCUCCCGCCGAUGAUCUGCGUCGAGCUAGAGAUGAGAAGAAGGCAGCGAUCGAAGCCAAGCUCGCACGAAAGGCGGCCGCCGCCGCUGCAGAGGAGCAGAAGCGUCUGGCCAAGCUAGAAAAGUCGAAGAUAUCGCCGCUCGAGAUGUUCAGGCCGCCACAUGUGGACGCAGGUCUUUACACAGCGUGGGACGAAAACGGUCUUCCGACCAAGGAUGACAAGGGUGAAGAUGUUACGAAAGCUAAAAGUAAAAAGCUGAAGAAGGAAUGGGAUGCUCAGGCCAAGGCGCAUGAGGAGUGGAAGAAGAUUGUUGGCACGGGCGAGGUCGUUGAAGGCAGCUUGUGA